AUGCGUGGCGUAGAUAAGAUAACAGAGAAAAACGUCACUGGCGCAAUGAAAGACGUGAAGCGCGCUUUGUUAGACGCAGACGUGAACCUCCGUGUUGUCAACGCCCUUCUGAAACAGAUUAAGGCGCGGGCCGUCGGUGCUGAUGUCACCCCUGGCGUUGAACCUGGGCAGAUGCUUGUUAAAAUCAUGCACGAGGAGCUCACAAAGAUUAUGGGAAGUAAUCAAGCCCCUUUGGCGAAUCGCACGGACGGCGAACCAACUGUGGUGUUGUUGGCGGGUUUGCAGGGUGCCGGAAAGACUACUGCUGCUGCAAAGCUUGCGCUAUACUGUCUGAAAGAAGAACGGUCUGUUAUGAUGAUUGCGGCAGAUGUGUAUAGGCCCGCUGCUAUUGAUCAGUUGAAGACUCUCGGGAAGAGCAUUGAGGUUGACGUGUUUCAAAUGGGUACAGACGUUAAUCCCAGGGAGAUUGUGCGGAAGGGCCUUCAGGAGGGGAAGACCAGAAAGAUCAAUACCAUUAUUGUUGAUACUGCAGGAAGGCAGGUCAUCGAUGCAAAGCUGAUGAAGGAGCUCAAGGAUAUCAAAAGUGUGAGCAAAGCCGACGAAACUUUGUUAGUCGUCGAUGCUAUGACUGGUCAGGAGGCCGCUACAUUGACGCGCUCGUUUAACGACGAGGUUGGUAUUACAGGGGCUAUUCUCACCAAGCUCGACGGAGAUACACGUGGUGGUGCAGCUCUUUCUGUACAACAAGUUUCAGGGUCGCCUAUCAAAUUCAUAGGCGUUGGUGAGAAAGUUCAAAAGCUGGAACCGUUUUAUCCGGAAAGAAUGGCAUCCAGAAUCCUGGGAAUGGGGGAUGUUUUGACAAUUGUUGAAAAGGCGCAAGACGUUAUGGACGAAGCUGAAGCAGAGAAAAUGACUAGAAAGAUGAUGGAGAAUAAGUUCGACUUCAAUGAUUUCCUGAAGCAGACUAAGAUGCUUUCACAGAUGGGGUCGUUGGGGGGCUUGAUGAAGAUGAUGCCGGGUAUCGGCGGUCAAAUCAAUGAAAGCAAGUUGAAGGAAGCGGAGGUAAAGCUGAAAGUGGCUGAUAGCAUCAUUAAGUCGAUGACGAAGCAGGAGCGGGGCAACCCAGAGCUUUUGUACACAGCGCCAAGCUCUCGAAGCCGUGUAGAGCGCAUUGCGAAUGGAUCUGGAAGAUCACUUGCGCAAGCCAAAAACAUGAUAUCCGAUUUUCAAAAGAUGAGAACAAUGAUGCAGCGAAUGAGCAAGCAAAUGGUAGGUGGGCCCGAUGGGACGCCCGCUGAAGGCGCUCCAGGUAGUAAGAAUCGUGCCCAGCGUCGACGAAACGCAAAGAAGAAGGCCUUGCGAGGCGGCGAGAGGCGCGGAUUCGGCUAG